CAACUAGCUGUCGUCGGUGAAGGAUCUCCCGCGCCGCUCCCACGCGUUUCAGUCUUUUGGAUUUACGCGCUCAAAGUUUUGGUCUCGUAGAUUUUCUUAGAUUCGAGAAAAUAAUCGUAAGGGGUUUGAAAAAAGGGUUUUGAUUGGAGAGAAAGAAAUUUUUUGAAGGAGGAGGAGAAGAAGGAAAAGGAAAUAGAAAAAGAGAGAUAGAAGAGAAAAAAAUAAGUGUGUAGUGAUUUACAUAUAUAAAUAUAUAUUGUUGUUUUUUCACUUCUCUCACACACCCCUUCUAUGUCGCGAGGUUGAAGAAGAAGAAAAAUAUAGGAAAGAAAAAUAAAAAAGUGAUUGAGUUCUGACGAAAGAUUGUGUUCAAAUAAAAGAGAGAGAGAAAAAAAAUCCACUUUAAAAAAAUCCUGGAUUCGCGACUGUGAAACCCAUCUUCCCUCCACACCCCUCCACCCCAUACAACCCUUCUGACACCACUUCCGACACCGCCUCCCGACACGAUGAGGACUCUGCAAGGACCCGUCAUACUGCUUCUGCUGGGGAUCGUCUCCGUGACAGAUGCUUAUUCUUUUUUUCGGUCCAGAAAUUCUGACAGGAAGGAGAGCCUCGUGAUCAAGCCCCAGGGGAAGGUGCAGACCGUCUUCAAGGGGGAGAGCUUCUUCGUCUCCUGCUCCAGCGACGCCGACAACGUGCAGAGGGUCAUGUGGACAGGACCGGAAGGGCAGCAGAUAACCGACUACCGGGGCAGCGUGCCAUAUAACGAGAUUCCAAGGGUCCAUGUUGAGGAUGGAAGGUCAGGUCACAAGGGGGUUGACCUCAUAUUCACGAACAUUAGCAGAACUGACCGCGGGAAGUACACCUGUUCUGCCAACGUGGAUGGCGUGGAAGAAGAGCGCUCAUUUGACCUCGUUGUCCUGAAACACCUCGACUUCAUGGACACGCCCGUCACCCAGUUCCUCGAGGAGGACCACGAUUCCGUUCUGCGCUGUGACGUCGACGGAGACCCCGCCCCGAGGGUGUCCUGGAACAUCAACAACAGGAAAGUCACUUUUGGCAAGAAAUACGACAAGGGAACCGAACACCCCAAUGACCUUAUCGUCCGCAAUGCAACACUCGAGGAUGCCGGUCAGUACAAGUGCGUGGCUUUGCAACUCUCAAACUACACCUCCGAGGUCAAGGACUUGGUGAUUGAGGUCAAAGUUCACCACAAACCCCAAUGGAGCGACAACGACCUCACGGCCCAAGCAUACGGCUACGUGACCGGCGACGUGAACCUCACCUGCGAGGCCGUCGCCGAACCCCACGCCAACUUCACCUGGAUCAAGGACGACCAGGUGAUCGAGCCCAACGAGACGGUUCAGAUCAUCAACGAGGACCACAAGAGCGUCUUGAGGCUAAAGGUCACCGACGUGGAUAUGUUCGGCGACUACGUGUGCAAAGCCGAGAACAAGCUGGGAACUCUGGAGCGCGUGAUCAUCCUCGAGGAAGGGAAGAAGCCGGCUGUGCCCAGUGCCAAGGUGACAGAAACGGAGGUCAACGCUAUCCACCUGAAGCUCGAUGCCAACAACCACCCUGACAUGCCCAUCCUGGCCUUCCGAGUCCAGUACAAGACCGCUGGAGACAACUGGAUUAACGCCCAGUCCAUGGAGUUCAAGAAAGGCGACCCGUACGUCAUCAACAGCCUCGCCGGAGACACACUCUACGUCCUCCGAGCUUCUGCCAAGAACGCUGCCGGUUACUCUGACUUCUCCUCCGACUUUAUGGAAAGAACCAAGAAGAUUCACGAGUCCCAGAGCCAGAUCUCGGCCGCGAACAGCCUCUCCGCCACGGCCCAGGUCUUCGUUCCUCUUGUGGUCCUCUUGGCGUCCCUCUUGUGAGCGAGUUCGACCACUUUUGGCGGUGAUGAUGCGUUGUAGGCCUAUUUGUUUUCCUGCAUCACGUUUUGUUAGGGGUAUGGCGACAGUGACGUCAGAUUUUGAGUCGUUGGAGAUGACUAUGAAGAAAGAAAGAAAAGAAAAAAAAAUCUUGUGAAAAUCAUUGGUUUUUCCUGAUGUAUUAUCUUUUUUAAUUUGUUUUUCCUUUUUUUUUUUAGCUUUUCACUUUAUUUCUUUUGUUAAGCUUCAAGUUCACAGUUCCAAGACAUUGCGAUUUUUAUUUAUUUUUUUUAUUUUUUUUUUUUUUUUUAGAAUUAGGUUUUUCCUUGAUUGUUUGUAUUUCUCUCACUAAGGAAAUUAGGACCGAUAUUUUCUAUAGCAUUUUAGACAGCAAAAUACAUCAUGUUUUCUCAGAGGUAUUAUAGAGAAACAGUAUUAGAACAUUAAAUGCCAAGGCAACAUCACUCAUUAAUAUUUUGACUAAAUAAUGUAUCACAUGUACACAUUUAGUAAAAAAAAUAUAUAGAUUAGACCCAAAAUAUGUUUAUAUACUCGAAACGCUCACAAAAAAUAAGUAUAGUUACUAAAACAUUAAUAAAUUUACCUGUUUCCCCCUCCCUCCCCCCCAUGCCUACCCUUCCACGCCACCCCCCCCCUCCUCCUAAAAGAAAGAAUAAAUACACCAAAUAAAACGACUAAAUAAAGGAAGAGAGAACCUAACCAUGAUUAUUCAGCAUCACCUUGUUGUUCGUGUGAAAUUUCUUGUCAUUUCGUAGCUGUUCAAGUAGUUAUUCAUCUUUCAUAGGACCUAUUUCUAAAAGAUAGUCAGCGGCUUGACUGAUAUUUGUACUAACAUUCCACGUGUUAGAUGAAGUAGAUAUUGAUAUAUGUUGAUACAGCUGGAGAUUCAAACAAAAUCGGAUGAAAUUUGAUCAAAAUGUCUCAAGUUCAGUGUUGAUGAUAUUUCAUUUGUUCCUUUAUAUUUAUGUUGUGGCAUACGUAUGUUGUAUAUGAUAAAUGUUUUCUGAAAAGGAAGAAAAAUGGCACGUAGUACCUCUUGAGAACAGACCAGAAUAUUUCGCGGAAAAAAAAAACGCCAAAAACGCUAAAAUAUUGUUUCUUCCUCUCUUGAAUCGCCAAAAAUCAAAGCCAUUGAUUCGUGGGUGUUUUCUGGUCUCCUGUUUGUAGUCUUAUUUAAAAAAAAUAAUAAUAAAACUGAGCCUGAAUUUUAGAUGACCAGAAACCACCCAAGAACUGGAAAGACAUUUUGAUUUUAUUUUUGGCCAACCUCAUCGUAUUCCAAUAAAAGAGAGAGGAGAAUUUGUGAAAAGAAAAGGAGAUUUUCAUAUGAAAAAGGAGGACGUGGAUUGCUAAAUAUAGUUAGUUCAUGGUGGUGUUUAGAAAGAUGUUUUCUAUUAUUCCAAAGUUCAUUAUAACUUGUAUACCAUGUUAGUGAAAUGUGCUUAUUGAGAUGAAAAAAAAAAAUAACAUGAUUUCUUUUUUUCGUCUUCUGCAUCGACUCUUGCUGGAGAGUUCAAUCUUCUUCCUUUCUUCUCUUUCUCUCUUCUCUUCUCUGUCUCUCCUUUUUCUUGUCUCUUUCUCUCUUUCUCUCUCUCUCCUCUUUCCUGAUUAAUUUUCUUGCCAUCUUUUUUUCUUCCUUGGAAAAAAAAUGUAAAUAAAGAGAGAGAAAAAAAAAUUUGGAAACAGAAUUCAUGUUUGCUUUGAAAAUAGUGAUGGUAAGUUGUAUUAUGAGUAAAGGAACAUUACUUUCCUUUCUUUAAGAGUAGCUUUAAAACAAAACAUGAGCUACUUUGUUUGAAUUUAAAAGAAAGCAAGAAUAAGAAGGAAAAAAAAUAUGUUUUAUGUAUGCUGUACAUAAAGGCUAAUAGUAUAUAUAUAUAUAUUUACCUCCUGUGGUGUAAAUGAAGUGGAUUUUCAAAUAUGUUUGCUAUUUGCUCAGUUUAUUAAGUCGAAUAAGCUAAGAGAGAGAAAGAGUUUGCCAUCAAAAGAAAACAUUUUUUUGUUGUUGUUUUUUAGGCUAUUUUACGUAAAGAAUGAAUUUUGUUUGUUUGUUUGUUUUUCUUUUUGACACUCGGUUUGCACCACAGGAGUGUGUUGUUGUGCGUCUUAUUAAGGAAUCUCUGUAUUGACGACGCUGACCAAUGUUUAAGAAAGAACAAAAAA